GGCUGGGGCUGGGACCGGGGCCGGGCAAGGCGGGGCGGGCGCGGGGCUCCCUGGCUGGGAACUUUCCGGCCCGGCAGAGCGAGCGGGGAGCGGGGGUGGGGGAGAAGGUGCCGGAGUCCUACAGACAGACCUGUGCGGGACAUCUGCCUGCCAUCAAGGCCUUCUUCAAGGAGGCCAGCCUGGUGCUGAGUGCCCGCCGCCCCGAGGAGGUGACGCAGGAGGGGCUGCACCGCGUGCUGUCCCGGCUCGCGCCAGCAGGGGGCAGCGCCUCCAGGCGAGCACCAGCCAGCGGCUCUGAGGAACUGGUGGGCACCAACUACAGGAAAACGAACCCCGCCCUGGAGAUCCGCAGGACCAAUCGGGAUUCGUUCUGGGCGCAGGCCGAGAGGGAAGAGGAGCAGCGGAAGGAGGAGGAGCGCCGGCGGCUGCUGGAGGAGCGUAAGCGCUGGGAACGCGAGCGCAUGGAGGAGGAGAAGAGAGAGGCGGCUGAGCGAGAGCGCAAGUUCAAGGAGAAAGAGAGGCUGAUCGAGGAGCAGAGGAAGGAGCAGGCCCGGCUGGAGGCCGAGGAGCGGAGGAAGGAGAAAGCCCGAUGGGAGCAGCAGCAGCGGGAGCACGAGGAGGCCAUGCGGGACCGGUUCCGGCGCAGCGAGUCCAUCGAGAAGGCCGUGGAGGCGGCCACGCUGGUCUCCCAGCGCUCACAGAACCCCCGGGAGUUCUUCAGGCAGCGGGAACGCUCCAGUUCCACUUCGGGUGCCCAGUCGCCCCCCUCGCCCCUGGGGGUCAGGCCAGGAGCACCCCACAGGCCCUACCUGCGUUACCAGCGCAGCCUGACGGAGUCUGCCUACAUCUUCCGCCGGCCAGAGCCCCCCGCUUCGCCGGGGGACUUCCUCCCGGCCCCCUCCAGCCCUCGCCCCUCUGAGUCCAGCUCCAGCAGGACUGCCCUUCCCGCCAGUCCACGCAGGCCCACACCCCUGUCCCCCACCAGCCUGCCCGGGGCCAAACCCCUGUCCCCCACCAGCCCGCGUGGGACAGGGCCCCUGCCCCCCAUCAGUCUGCCUGGGGCCAAACCCCCAUCCCCCACCAGCCCAUGCCGGACAGGGCCCCUGCCCCCCAUCAGCCCGCCUGGGGCCAAACCCCUGCCCCCCACCAGCCUGCACGGGGCCAAACCCUCAUCCCCCACCAGCCCGCACGGGACAGGGCCCCUGCCCCCAGCUAUUCAUCCCAGGACCAAAGAUUUGUUCCACAUCAGCCCAGAUGGAACCAUGACUCUGCCUCCCAUCAGCCUGGCUGAACCCAGGUCUCCAGCCCCUGCUCACCAUGCCAGAGCUGGGUCUCCACCCCCUGCCAGCCCCCCACCCCCUCCCAGAGCCAGAUCUCCAUCCCCUGCCAGCCCUCCCAGAGCCAGAUCUCCAUCCCCUGUCAGCCCUCCCAGAGCUGGGUCUCCACCCCCUGCCAGCCCCCCACCCCCUCCCAGAGCCGGGACUCCACCCCCUGCCNUCCCAGAGCUGGGACUCCACCCCCUGCCAUGUCUCUGA